CGCACAUCAGUAUGUGACUAUAAAUAAACACCAUCUAGUUAAGUCACACUUCCAUGUCAACGUGCUUCAACCUAUGUAAAGCUUCAUAAUAAUUAAACACAUCAUCACACAAAAAGAUUCGUUUCACAAUGAUGGAUAGUACUAACAAGUCAUUAGUGAUCCUGUUGAGCAACGUCGUCGUGUUGCUCCUCGCCGCCACAACGGUUCAAUCUUGCUUUCCCUCCGAUCGAGCUGCGCUUCUAGAGUUCCGAGCUAAGCUCAACGAGCCAUACAUUGGCGUUUUCAACACGUGGAAAGGCCAAGACUGUUGCAAGGGCUGGUAUGGUGUGAGCUGCGACCCAAACACCGGACGAGUCGCCGGCAUUACACUCCGAGGUGAAUCCGAAGACCCCAUUUUCCAAAAGGCCAAACGGAGCGGGCUAAUGACCGGCUCCAUCUCGCCGGCGAUAUGUAAACUCACUCGACUCUCCGGCAUCAUCAUCGCCGACUGGAAGGGAAUCUCCGGCGGGAUUCCUAGUUGCAUUGCGAAACUUCCUUUCUUGAGACACAUAGAUCUCGUCGGAAACAAAAUCUCCGGCGUGAUUCCGGCGAAUAUUGGGAUGUUACUGAGGCUUAAGGUGUUGAACCUCGCCGACAAUCAAAUCUCCGGCGUGAUUCCUCCGUCGAUCACGAGGUUAACGAGUUUAGCUCACCUGGAUCUCAGGAACAACAAUAUCUCGGGAGUCAUACCGCGAGAUAUCGGACGUUUGAAGAUGCUGAGCCGUGUGUUACUGAGCGGUAACAAAAUCUCGGGUCAAAUACCCGAAUCUUUGACCCGGAUCUACCGUCUCGCGGAUCUUGAAAUCUCGAUGAACCGGCUUACCGGUUCAAUCCCGGUUUCGUUCGGUAAAAUGUCGGUUCUCGCGACGCUGAACCUCGACGGGAACUUGAUCUCCGGCGAGAUUCCGGGGACUCUAAUGACGUCGUCGAUCUCGAAUUUGAAUCUGAGCGGGAAUCUCAUAACCGGACGUAUACCGAACACGUUCGGACCGAGGUCGUACUUCACGGUGCUUGAUCUUGCGAACAACCGUCUCCAAGGACCGAUUCCGGCGAGUAUCACGGCGGCUUCGUUUAUUGGCCACCUUGACGUGAGCCAUAACCAUCUGUGUGGGAAGAUGCCGGCGGGAUCUCCUUUUGAUCAUCUUGAUGCGACGUCGUUCGCUUACAACACGUGUCUUUGUGGAAAGCCUCUUGGGUACUGUAAGAAAUAAUUAAAUUAACAAGAUUUGGGAAGAAUCAAAUAGUUUGAUUAUGAUCUGUUUAUGAAUAUUAUUAUAAUUUCAUCACGUUAUCAUGUAACUAGCCGUUUGAAAGAGGCAAAAAAAAAAAAAAACAAUAUUUAUAUUUGGGUGUUUUCUUUAGACUUCUUCUUGUUUAUCUGCCUUGAUUAUCAAACCAUCAUCAAUGAGAUUCCUCGAACCAUUUAUAUAGAUUA